AUGAAGCGAGACAAGCUUCUUUUAAAUGGCAAGUAUAGCAUCAAUGUUAAAACUAACGGGGAGCGGACGUACAAAGCGCUAUGUAAUAUUGAUGGCAUAGUACCUGCAAUAAAGAUUUACCGGCUUUCGGACGUCUCGAAGAGCUCAGUCGACUUUGACCAAAAGGAGAUAGACACUGCUGCACGGAGCCUCCUACAACCAAACUUAGUUAAAUAUAUCGAAGCAUUUGCGGACAAGGAGUAUUUCUACGUUGUUAUGGAAUUUGUGCCUAACAGCUUAGACCAGAUUAUUGCUCACCAGCGAAGUACAGAACAUCUUGCUGCGCUCUAUGUGACCCAGAUUGUCAAGGGCUUAAUUUUCAUUCACUAUAACGGCUAUACUCAUAAGCGAAUCACACCAGAACAUAUAUUAAUCACAAAUGACGGAUUUGUCAAAAUUAGUGACUUUGUCCUCCAAAACGCAUACUUUGCAGAUGGUGACAAGGAUGUUCGUGACAUGGCACCAGAGGAAAUACUGCUUCUAGGCAGGACAACGGCCGUUGACAUCUGGAACCUUGGACUCCUCCUGUUCAACUGUCUAGCACGGGAACACUUUUUCAAGAAUAUGGCAGAUCAAGAAAUAAUAAGAUUGUUCCAGUCUACUAAUGCACAGAACACGAUCAAUGAGCUUGUCACUUUUCGCCUUGCCGAAUGCAAUUUAAACGUGUCCCAAGCGUGCAAAGAAUUCAUACUUGCUUGCUUAUCCAUAGAUUACACCUUCAGACCAUCUGCACAGAGCCUUCUGCAGGCUUCAUUCUUAAAGCAAACUAACACUGAGAUUGUGUGUGGGAAAACAGGUGCGUCUACGUUGAAUCAAAACCAAAUAGAUGAGAUACAAGCUCUUAAUGACGUGAGUGCAGGACUAACAACGUUGACAAGCCAGAUUCCAGACAAAGGACACGCAGCCACUAACAUCCAAUCCACACUGAAUCAUGUAGUCACUAAAUCAGCAAAGCAAUUAACCACUAUACCUCCCCCUACUCCUCCAUAUUCUAAUUUUUCGCGGGCUCAAGAGACUGAGGGGGACUCGAAGACGAUUAGCAGUGGCUUUAAUAAACAAGACCAAGAGAUUCUUCGUCGUGCCAUCCUAAAUAUCCCAUCUGCUUCAGAAGAGUGUAGAAAUUCCUAUGCCAUCUCUGCAGGAGACGCCGCCACACUUGCAGCUAUGCGAAGUCCUGAAAAGGCCAUCAAUACGUUUACCUGCAUUCCUGCAACUGCAAACUUCCCCAUGCCUGAUGAUGCUCCGAAUAAUAAGCAAAAGUUAAGAGCAAAAAGCAUCGAGGCAGGAGCUAAGCAAGGGAAGAAGCUGAAACACCGUGUGGAAAAUAAGCUGGAGUGUGUAGACAAUCAGCUGGACGAUUCAUCAUUUGAUCUUCAGGACGUGAAGAUCAUAGGAAAAUUAGAAGUCAAAAGAUAUGAGGACAGCACCACCGGCGACAACUUUAGUGACGUGAUUGAAAAUGAUCCCGCUGUCGAUAAAGGGCACCACCUGGGAGGUUCUGUUGCUGAUCAUAUUCAGAGCAAACCCCGCCUCAUUCAAACAAAUUCAGCAGUAUCUUCAUCUAACUUAAACCCACAAAAGAAAAAUCAGACAAAAACUCAACGAACAGCAUCAAAGCCGGCAAGAAACCAUGCGCUCAGUGCAGGGGAUGACUUAAUUUAUGAUGCAGCGGCAGCAGAUAAGCAUUCUGAGAAAAUACAUCCUAAAACUCGGAAGACGCAGCGCGCCAUGUCUACCGUAACAACUAGAGCAAUAGCAAAGCAGCCGACAUACCAGAAUGCAUAUUCGCGAAAUGCAGGAGCAGCCGCCGGUACUGCUCGACAAGAUCCCUGUUACACCACCCUUGCCACUGGAUGGGCAAAGAGAGAGAUGAAUACCAAAUCCAAGAGGAACUUCCCUGAGCAGAGUUUGUUGACCACUACAAAGGAUCCCGUGUUCCCCAUAGCUCAGACAGCUCUCAAAAGAACUACCUGUCCGCUAUCACUAGAUACACUAGACGAUCACUGGAACUCUAACUCCUAUUCUUCCGACGACAACAUUUUGAAAAAUAGUUCGCUUAAGCACACAAAUUGCCCCUAUCGAGCUCCAGAUGGGAACAACUCCUGUUCAGAAAUAAGUUGUACCGACAUGGUUAAUCCUCUUUCUUCGAAGUCUCACCAUAAGUCCAUCUUUGGUGACGAACGUUCAAAGGAUCAUUCAGAUAAGCUCAUAGCUAGCUUAAGUAUUGAGAAUAAUGCACAAGGACCUGAAAAUCUGGAUAUGUUUGUAGAUAAAUCCCAGAAAUCUGGCACUAAAAAGGUUUCACUAACUCGGUCGGAUUUUCCUAAGGACUCUCUUCAUACCGCACCUAUUUCUCCAGAGUCCCCUCAAGAAAUAAAGACCUAUGUGGACAAUGAUAUUAAUGAAGCGUACACUUUCUCCACUGUGUCUGCAGAACCCGUCCAGCCAUUUGUCUUGCACUUUGGAGGCUCUCCAGCUGCUACAUCUAGAUUAUGUACUGUGACUAAUCUCGACAAAAGGUCCUCGAGGCAGGAGAAUUGCCAAAACGAUGACCCUUCUAUCAACCUUGAUACCAUUGCACUUCCACAGGAUCAGGAUAUUAUGUCAUUGAUGCAUAAGCGCCAGCUUAUGUUGCAGCAGAUGGAUCCUCACAUGGACGAUACUAGCAGCGCAUUUAGUAGUGGAACUAGCAUGGCAAAUUUAGAGAAGAAGGCUGCUGUCAUAGAAUCUGGCAAAGACACGCCUAAAUCUGGUGCAGCAUCGCCGUCCCGUCUAGUGUAUCAGCAAAAGAAUUCCUCAGCCGACAAUAUCGCCAAUAAUCAUCUCGGUUUGGCUAAGGAUGUACUUGCAAAUCAGCAGAAGCGUCAGUGCACGGACCCCUCCAGCCUAUCUGCUAGCACUGAUAUGCUUACCCAGAAAUCGCACAAUGGCUUCUACGAAGAAAACUCUGCACUGAACAGGUUUGAAGAGAAGAUGACGGACACCAGCUCCACAUAUGAUGAGUACGACGACUAUGAAGGGCUGGAAAACCAUGAGGCCGCGCUCUUCAUCAUGACAACCGACAAGACAGAUGUGGAAGAGCUACGUGAGAUCCUGACAAACUACAAGAUCAACAAUAAGAUAUCUGUCUCUUCAGUUGAACAGGUUAGAAAGUUGAUUUGUUCUUCUAAGCGGUGCUUGGCGUACGUCAGGGACAACUUUUCCGUUAACUUUUGGUUUGUCAAGUUUAAGCAGUUAGUGGACACGGGAAAGGAGGAAGCCAUUUUGGUCCUUAUCCUCAUCUCCACUAUUGCCAGGCUUGACUUUCCAUUCUGUAGAGAUAUCUUUUUGAUGGGCCUCAUUCCACUUGCUAAUAGAUUGUACAGUACGUAUAGCACAAUCAAUGAGUUCCUAGAUAGAUGGAUACUCCCGCUUUUAGUGAAGCUUAUCUCAGAAUAUGAAGAGGACAGUGCUAUUCUUCAACAGCGCGCUAAUCACAAAACUGACAUGCCAACUGACAUGGCUCCUUUAACUGGCAAGCAGCAAACCUGUGGCUCACAGCCUUCUGAAGUAAAAAGUAAAGAAGCAGGGAGAAGGAGCACAACCACCAAAGGAAACAGCUAUGCUGUGAUGCGGAUUUUUGAAUCCAUGAUCGUCACCCACACUAUGUCGUUCAUUUUACGAUUUUUAUUUUCUCCUAUUCAGACUGGACACCAGAGCAAGAAUUCUUUCAUUCCUACUUCUACAGCAUGUGACUCUCUCUCGCUAAUAAUGGGCAAAAUAUCUGACCCUUCACAUAAGGCCAUCGAGCCGCAUGAGCUUGCAUACAAUAUUCUUCUCAUUCUGUUUCAGAGCAAAACCAUUUUCAAGUCGGAAAUCCUCUGUGAGAUAACUAGUCCGGACUCUCCUUUAUUACAUACCUUGAUGGAGCACGUUGACAAGUCCAUUGUGUAUGUUUUUCUGCUACAAGACCUUCUAUUCAUAGAAGCAAUGCGAGAGACCGUCUUAGCGCUUCUUCCGAGACUAUUUAAGAAGCUCCAAAAGAUGAUGGAUGCAUAUGAACUCAUGUACACCGCCGCUUCACAUGACGAGGAUGACUACGAUCUAUCUGCAUCCUUGCAUAUUGACUUCUCGACCUUUGCUGCUGGGAUACGUACGCAUAACACCAAUGUUGCCAACAUCAUAGCUAUCGGGUCUAUCACAACAUUAGAACCCGAUAGCCUGCGCUACAAUCUUACCAUUCUGUUGACCGCGAUCACCAACUUGCUAAUUAGUCUUAGCAAGCUUGUAGCCGAGCCCUACUUUUCAGAACCUUUUAAGGAUCACAUAGACGUAUUUGUUCAGGUCCUUAGCAAGAGUUCAGACUAUGGAAAUGCUGUUCCUUAUGCCCUUUCAUCUUUGCACUCGCUUUUCCGGCUCAAUCUGGACUAUAUCGUCAACUUUCCAAGAAUAAAGCACAUCAUGACCAACAUAGGAACAAUCCUCAACUGUAAAGAAGCAGCAAAUAUAUAUUCACUUCAGUUUGCAAUACCAUUGGCAUUAACAAUCACUAGAACAAUCAACCCAAAUAAAUUCGCAGACAAGGAAAUUAAGCAUGUUUUAAUAAAGGAGAUCAAGGAAAACUUCUUGCUAGCAUUUCUAGACUUGAUUGAGAAUAGCUCCGUGUGGAGAAAGCAGUGCCUAGAUGCCCUGGCCCACAUUUUAUCCUACACAAAUGAACUAGAGUCCACAAUAUGCCGCGAUUUCAGACUCUCGUUAAGCAGUUCUGAUUAUAAGGAGACCCUUCCUUCAAUCCUGACCUCCCUUCUAUCGCUAAGCGAGAAUAGCUCCACGAUUCGCUCUUACCUGGCUAAUCAUAAAGAACUCGCAGCAGGGGUCACCUAUGUACUCAAGCAUACUUCUAAGGAUAACGUGAACUCCAAGGUUGUUGCACUCAAGCUCUGCCUAAAGUUCAGCUUAAAUUGCAAGGAGUACUUCGUAAAUACCUACAAGAGCGUUCUCUCCAUGCUGCCACAGUUCUGCGACAUGAACACAGAUCAGUUCGUUAUCGGAGCCAGCAUCAGUAAGCAGAUUCUGGAUGCUCUAAAGCUAAACAGCAGUAACAAUUAG